GUUUAUGUCCAGAGUUUUCCCACGCUUAGCUGAGUCUUUACCGAUUAGCUCUGAUCCGCACUCAGGAGGACGCUCAACACAUCGCAGCGAAGGGAACAUUUUCUUUUAUUAACAGAAAACGCUUAAAAUUUCCAAAAUGGAUAAAUUCCGAAUGAUGUUCCAGUUUUUGCAAUCCAAUCAAGAGUCUUUCAUGAACGGAAUUUGUGGGAUUAUGGCGCUAGGCAGUGCGCAAUUAUACGCCAGUUUUGAGUUUAACUGUCCCUGUUUACCGGAGUAUAAUUUCGCAUACGGCAUUGGGAUUUUAAUAAUUCCACCAAUUUGGUUCUUCUUACUUGGAUUUGUGUUGAAUAAUAACGUUUCAAUGCUGGCUGAGGAAUGGAAGAGACCGACGGGAAAGCGGAGGAAAGACCCGACUGUGCUAAAAUACAUGUUUUGCUCCAUUGCGCAACGUUCUUUCAUUGCACCAGCUGUCUGGAUCUCAGUUACGCUAAUGGAUGGAAAGAGCGUCCUCUGUGCGUUUAGCGUCGACCUGGACUUUAAUCAAUUCGGAAACGGAAGCCAUCACAACCUUUCGGACGCCGAGCUGGUCAGAUUAUUGGCUACAAUUCCCUGCAAAGAUAUAUUUGACGGCCAACAGUUUAUAUCAAGAGAAGCGGCUACCAGAUAUCUACGUUGUAUAUCCCAGGCUUUUGGCUGGCUCUUUCUCCUGUUAAUGACCACGCUGGCCUUCAUGGUGAGGGCGAUCCGACCUUGUUUCACCCAAGCGGCUUUCCUGAAGACCAAGUACUGGUCUCACUACAUCGACAUCGAGCGCAAGAUGUUUGACGAGACCUGCACAGAGCACGCUAAAAGCUUCGCCAAAAUCUGCAUCCAGCAGUACUUCGAGAGCAUCAGCGGAGAGAUGCACAGUUUCCACAGCCAACGGUCUGGCAAGAAGAGGGACGACAGCAAGAAGAAGGAGAACGGCCACAAUGAGGAGGGGGAGGGAGGAGAGGAAGAGAAGCUCCUGGGGAUCCGGGCCCAAGAAGACAUGAACAAAGUGCUGUGGAACUGGCACACCUGCAAACCCUCCCUCAACCUGAAGAAUGAGCAGCUGCCCAACGGAGAUGAACAACUGCCCAACGGAGAUGCAGGGGAGAAAAUGAAUGGCUUACCCAAUGGCUACCACAGACAGGUCACUCCAAAAAAAGAAUGUGUGGCCUACUACAGUAAGGUCUGAAACUUUCAGGUUUAAAGGAUGUAGUCAGCUUCGAGAAAAGUGCCUUUGUCUCUGUCAAUUAGGCAGACAGGGCUUUAUUUUUGUCAUUUUUAAUGAUGUCUAUAUUAUGUUCCAUUAGAAAAACUUUUGUAAAUUGGCAUCAAAGACUAAACGGAUCACUUGUGAUGAUGUCGAUUAGCUGUUUUAACAUGAGGUUAAUACCUCAUGGAAAUAUUGAGCUAUGUAGUCUUUGAGUCUGAAAUCAAUGUCAAUGUCUUUGGUGGCAUUUAUAAGAGACCACUUUACCUCAUAUUGUGUUGUGUUACCCUAUCUUUGUAAAUCAUCAAUGUUUAUCUACAAUGCUAAUGAGGCUGCUUGCAUGCCAUGCAAUUUAAUAGGUAUCAUGCUGUGUGAUAGGACAAUAUUGCAAGUCAAGAGGACUGUGGUUGGAUUGCCAGGCUGUCGUAGUAUCUUCUAUCUAACCUAACUGUUCAAAAAUGCUAAAUUAUUAAAAUCUGUGCACAGUUUGCUUGAAUCUGUUCCAUUUGAAUCCUGGAAAGGUGAUGUACUGUGGGAAUGCAAA